AAUAGCCGAUUUCAAACUCGACCCUCAAUAAUACAAAUAGAGAGCGAAAGACCUGCAACACACACACACACAAACAAAAUGACGAGUUCAACAACAACGACAAGACGACCUCAUAUAUGGUCUUUGGCAUUAUGCAGCAUUUUGCUGGCAUCUGUGGCCAGGGCCACACCCGAUUCCACAGCCACAUCCUCUGCUCCCCACAGCAGCAGCAGCACAGACCAUUAUAAGGCUGAUCAAAACUAUCUCUGCCCCGAAGACUGCCACUGUGUCUUGGCUCACAACACACACAAACCACUUCUGCAUGCCAAAUGUUCCUCGCUCAAGGGUCUGAGAUCAGAUCAGCCACUAACCGCCACUCUGCCCGUACAUUCCAUUGAUUUGUCGUUCCUCAAUCUGACUCGCCUCUCACACUCUUUGGAAAAGCUUCACGACAUCACCUCCAUCGAUUUGUCCCACAAUGAUCUGCAUGAAAUUGGCCAUCUGGGUCGUCGCAUCAAGAAACUUAAUCUUAAGCACAAUCGAAUCACCUCCGCCAAGUUGGCCAAGAUGCCACAACAUUUGCAAACGUUGAACUUGCAACACAAUGACAUUACCAACUUGCCUUUGGAAUUCACCCAUUUGACCCACCUGCAAUCCUUGGAGCUCAGUCACAAUCCCAUUAACUGUUCCUGUGAAACAUUGGAGGUCCGUAACUGGUUGCAGGAACGUCAUGUCUUUAUGGAACAUCCAGUCACCUGUGCCUAUCCUGCGCUCUACAAAAACCGUCCCUGGUUGCAAGUCAAACAGUCGGUAGUAUGUGAACAAGAGAAGAAAGGAUGGUUACCCGAGGAGGAUGAAAAUGAAUUGAUGAUGGGCGAUCAACCAAUUGAGGGUUCGGGUGAUGAUUAUGCUGAGGAAGAAGAAUUGGGCAAGGAUUAUAUGCCACUUGAAUCAAAAACCACCACACCCAAAAAUCCCAACAUUGGCCUCUUCGAUGAACUUGAGGGUUCUGGAGAUUUAAGUGAAGUUGCUGUACCCUUGGAUAUGUUGAUGUCAUCCACCACCACUGAACAACCCCAUGAACAACAUGAAGAAAUUAAGGAACACGAAGAACCCGAAGCCACAACAGAUUUCCCCGAAGAAUUGCAAGAAGAAGAUGAAGAAGAUGGUUCCGGUAGUGGUGGUGGUAUUCUCUUCAUUCCGCCCUUGCCCAAGGAAAGCAUUAUCCCCGACGAUUUCGAUGUGCCCGCCUCAGAGGAAAAUGAGGAAGACGAAGACAAUCAACCAAUUGAGGAACCCAUUAUUACUCCCGAUAUCUUCAAGGAACACUUGGGUAUCUUUGAUGGUGAUGAGAACAGAGCAUCCUCCACCCAAGCCCCUGACUCCGUGCCCGCCGAAAAAGAUCAAAGCGAAGAGGAAGUUAUCAAGGCCGAACAUGUACCCUCAUUGGCCGCUGACUUACCUGCCGAAACAGCUGGCCAAGAACCCAGCACCGAAGGUCCCGAAGCUGAUGUUGCCCAGGCCAAGGUUGGUGAACCCGACGACAGCAAGGCCACUUAUUUGUUGUGGGGUGUUAUUACCUUCAUUGUCCUCGGUCUUAUUCUGUUUGUGGCAAUUAAACAGUGCAAGAACCGCAGUCGCAACCGCAAUGAUGCUGAAAAUCCUCAAACCGAAUUGGUGGCAAUGGACAAGAAACAGCUGGGCAAACCAUUGCGUAAUGGUGUUCCCGAGCAUGUGCCAUUGAUUGGAGAGAAAACAAAAUCCGAUAUGGCUAAACCCAUUAACGGUUCCAAACCCUAUGACAAUGGUGAUGUUAAAGAUGGCCCUGGUCAACAACAGCCCUUGUUAAAUGGCAACGGUAAUGCUGGUACGGAGGCUCAAGAUGAACCCGUUUCACGACCCGACUCACAAUUACAGGCACCCCAUGAAUAUUAUCCCAUUUCACCGCGUUAUCCCACCCCUCAGUCACCACGUGCCUCCAAAUAUAAUCAACAAAAUGCCGAACCCAAUAACAAUGACCCCGACGCCUAUUUGCCAUCAUCACCAAAAUCCGGCAGAUACUCACCAGUAUAUUCGCCCGUGACGGGCCGCGUUAAGAUUAAGUUGAGCGAAACACCCCGGCCCAAGACACCAAUGUUGGUGACACGUAGCCGCUCAAAUGCUGGCGAUAUAAUUACCACACCACUCAGGCCUGCCAAUCAACCAAUGCAGAGUUUCCAAGCGCCCGAACCAGUGCAUACGGCUGCGACAAAUGGUCAUGCUGGAGGAGAACAUCACUGAUGGUGAGC